UGAUUUUAGUAAUAGAACCAUAGCUUAUAUACUGCCGCACCAUGCAAAGAAUUGUUUUUAGAAUGUUAAACGUCCAUGCUGGAGACCUCCAAGACGUGGUUGCUUCGGCUGUUGCGGAAAAGGCUGUUUCGUAUUUAGCAACCAACGACGUAGUUUCUGGCACGAAGAUAAUCGUUACGAAGGAAGUGCUCUAAAGUUCUGGAUAUGUAUAUAGAAAAACGACCUGGUCUUAAAACGUGUGCUUAUUAUAGCUCAAAAAAUUCACUGGCUGUUUUAAAUGUUAUUUACAUUUUUCUUGCAAUUCUGUUAAUAUGCAUUGCUGUCUAUGCCAAGAUCACAGCUGUGUUGACUAGUCUACCAAUAUUGGGUGCUGUGGUAGCAUGUGGUGUUUUCUUGCUGAUUAUUUCAAUAUUUGGUCUUAUUGGUGCAGUAAGGCAUCAACUAGUUAUCCUAUUCUUUUACAUGAUAACACUGAUUCUCAUUUUCCUACUCUCCGUAUCAAUUGCUGCUCUGACUGUGCCUCCGGCUAAGCAAGAAGCCUUAUUAAGAUCGAGUUGGCAACGUCUGGGGAAUCAAACAAAGGAUGAACUUCAAGUUGCAGGAAAUUGUUGUGGUUUUCAUGUUUUGGCAGAUUUGGCAAAUACUACCAUGUCUCAUCCACCCUGUGUGAAACUUCCUUGCUGUAAGAAAAAGACUCACAAUCAUUGCGAUGAAUGCCCAGCAUGUUUUGCAUAUUUCAAAGAUUCUAUUGAUCAAGUUCUCUCAGUUGCUGGAGGUGUUGGGUUAUUUUUCAGUUUUACUUUGAUAUUUGGUGUUUAUGUGGCGUACAAGUAUCGAAAUAUUAAAGAUCCAAGGAGUCUUUCGGGAUCAUUUCUCUAACGUCUGUUCCAAAGGAUAGUUUAGUGCAGCUUCACAUAGCUUUACAGUAAAGCUAUAGUAAAACAGUAGAGCUGGAUGUAUUUGAAAC